GGUUUUCAACUGACGCGUGCUGGGAGCUCAUUGGCCUUUGUGGCACGCACGGCAGGAAGUGGAGCCGAAGACCCAGUCACAACGGAGGGACAGGACUCGAGGGCCAGAACCGCGUCUUCUCCCUCGGGCUCAACUCCCUGAUUCUGAAGGGCUGGAGUCCGGAGUAACCACAAAACCAUGGAGCAAAAAGACAAAGUGGAUGUCCCGGGCUGGCCCUCCAACUUGGAAAGUAACAUGGAGAACAAGACUGGAGCCCCACUGGGAAUAGAACCUGGCUUCAGAGGACCUGCAGAUCAACGUGGCAGAGGCCACAGUUGUGGCGCCAGGAUCCAAGUCAGAGCCGUGGAACAAAAAGACAAAGUGGAUGUCCCGGGCUGGCCCUCCAACACGGAAAGUAACAUGGAGAACAAGAUUGGAGCCCCACUGGGAAUAGAACCUGGCCUCAGAGGACCUGCAGAUCAACAUGGCAGAGGCCACAGUUGUGGCGCCAGGAUCCAAGUCAGAGCCGUGGAACAAAAAGACAAAGUGGAUGUCCCGGGCUGGCCCUCCAACUCGGAAAGUAACAUGGAGAGCAAGACUGGAGCCCCACUGGGAAUAGAACCUGGCCUCAGAGGACCUGAAGAUCAACGUGGCAGAGGCCACAGUUGUGGCGCCAGGAUCCAAGUCAGAGCCGUGGAACAAAGAGACAAAGUGGAUGUCCCGGGCUGGCCCUCCAACUCGGAAAGUAACAUGGAGAACAAGACUGGAGCCCCACUGGGAAUAGAACCUGGCCUCAGAGGACCUGAAGAUCAACGUGGCAGAGGCCACAGUUGUGGCGCCAGGACCCAAGCCAGAACCAUGGAACAAAAAGACAAAGUGUAUAUCCACUGCUGGCCCCCCAACUCGGAAUGUAACAUCGGGAAGAAGACUGGAGCCCCAUGGGGAAUGGAACAAGGCCUCAGAGGACCUGCAAGCCACCGUGGCAGAGGCCACAGUUGUGGCGCCAUGACCCAAGCCAGGUGA